AGACCAAAUAAGAGCGAAUUCAUACUACACGAUGGACCACCCUAUGCUAACGAUACUGAAAGAUAUCAUCACGAGGUACAAUUUACUAGCAAACAACCAAAUCGAUUACAGACCUGGUUGGGAUUGUCAUGGUUUGCCAAUUGAGCUGAAAUCCUUGUCUAAACUGAAGACUAGAGAUCCUUUAGCAGUAAGGACAUCAGCAAAACAGACUGCAUUGGAUGGUAUCGAUUUACAAAAGCGCGAAUUUAACCAGUUUGGUUUAUUAGCAGAUUUAUAUGAUAGUCAGUCCACCUAUCGUACGCUAGAUUUAGAUUAUGAGUUACGUCAGUUGCGUUUAUUCAGUCAGUUACUCAAACAAGGGCUGAUUUUUAGAGCAUUCAAGCCAGUUUAUUGGUCGCCUUCUUCGCAAACAGCCUUAGCUGAAUCAGAAUUGGAAUACAACGACAAUCAUGUUUCAGAUUCCGUUUACAUUUCAUUCCCAUUGACAACCGCGUCAGAAAAAUUACAACAGUUGGACGUUAAAGACGUGAAUCUGCUAUGCUGGACAACAACGCCUUGGUCUUUGGUUGGAAAUAUGGGAGUUUGCGUGCAUCCUGAUCUAGAAUACGUGAUAGUCGAGCAAUUAUCGUCUGGAAAUAAAUAUCUCAUCGCUACCGAAAGAUUAGAAGCAAUGGGAGAGAUAUUGGGUGAAAUUAAGCAGCUUGCUACCAUAUCUGGUAUUGAUCUCGCGGGUAGCACAUACACACCACCAUUCCAUGCUCAAAAUGCUGCAGCAACUUCAUUCCCUAUCAUUACAGCUAAGCAUGUCAGUGCAGAUACUGGUACAGGGUUGGUACACACCGCUGCUGCACAUGGACAUGACGAUUACAUUGCCGUACAACAGGAAAGCAAAGCCAAUAAGGGUGUUAAUGACGACAAUUUGCAUGCCAGUAUCUCACAAUCAGUCAACACACCUAUAUUAAAUCCUGUCGAUCAUCAAGGAAGGUUUGAUAGUGAACAAGUGAGGCGUAUUUGCGGUCAAGAUGACGGAUCAGCUCUCGAUGGUUUGGAUUGUUUGGGUGAGGGGAGCAAGGUUAUUAUCAAUUUACUCGAAUCGCGUGGUGGAUGGAUAGUUGCAAAGGAGAAAGUGAAACACAGAUACCCUUACGACUGGCGGACAAAGAAGCCAGUGCUAAUUAGAGCCACCUCACAAUGGUUUGCAAAUGUUGACAAGCUGAAAGAGAGGUCGAUUAAAGCAUUGGAGGAUGUCAAUUUCAUACCUUCAUCUGGACGACACAGACUAGAGUCUUUCAUAUUAGGCCGCUCUGAAUGGUGUAUUUCUCGACAGCGUGCUUGGGGAGUACCAAUCCCAAUUAUCUUCGAUGCAGCUACGAAGGAACCUCUUCUGGAUGAUGAGGUAAUCGAACAUACUCUGAAAGUCCUCAGUGAGAGGGGUACAAACGCAUGGUGGACGGACCCUGCGAAAGAUUUCCUUCCUGACGGUAUAGAUAAAGAUGUUGUUAAAGGACUCGACACUAUGGACGUAUGGUUCGAUUCUGGUACCUCCUGGAUGUGUCUCGAUAAGCGUGUCGGAAAACCUCGUGCGGAUGUCUAUCUUGAGGGAUCUGACCAGCAUAGAGGCUGGUUCCAAAGUAGUCUGCUCACAGCAGUCGCUGCUGGAGAGGGUGCGCCUUAUAAGACACUGAUCACACAUGGUAUGGUCGUAGAUGAGCUCGGUCGCAAGAUGAGUAAGAGUUUAGGAAAUGGUUUGAGUCCACUUGAUAUCAUAAACGGAACGAAGUCUAUGCCAAAAUAUGGCAUCGAUGUGCUUAGAUUUUGGGCAGCAUCAGUUGAGUACACGAAAGAUGUACCAAUAGGUCCAACAAUCAUAGCACAAGCUUCAGAUUCACUCAAGAAGAUCAGGAAUGCAGCGAGAUUUAUAUUAGGAAACUUGAAAGCGGGUGAAGUCUCCAGCACGCUGCUUAACGAAAAGGAAUUACCCUUAAUUGACAGAUGGAUGCUCAACCAAUUACACAUAUUUGAAAAGGCAUGCCGACAAGCCUAUGACCAACAUAUCUUUAGCAAGGUCGUACAGACAUUACUCAACUUUACGAGUGGACCUUUGGCGACCUACUUUGAAAUAACCAAAGAUUGCCUCUAUAAUGAUUCACCGAACAGUCAUAGUCGUCUCCAACACAUUUAUGUAUUGCAGAAGACUCUUGACCUUCUGACAAAAUCUGUCGCACCCAUAACGCCAUACCUCUCUGAGGAACUAAAUAGACAUAAUAAAAGCACUGAAGAGAGUAUAUUCAAAAGCACUUGGGCUGUUUUGCAGGAUGAUUAUACACACGAGGAAGCUGCUGAACCAGCGUCUAUCCUGCUCGGUUGGAGGAACGAAGUACUCAAUCUCCUCGAAACUCUCCGUUCUGAGAAAAUAAUCAAGACUUCUCUGGAAGCAACCGUCGACGUAUUUGUCGGUGCUGAGUGCUCUGAGGCUACUAGGUCGGUCCUGGACAUGAUGAAUGAACAAUUGGCAAAAGCGUUCGUUGUAUCUUCUGUGCAGGUCCACGACGUUGAAGAUAGGAGUGAUGUUCGCUUCAGCGUGCGUAGAAGCGAGCAAGAGAAAUGCCCAAGAUGUUGGUCAUUCACCAAACCCCAAACAAAAGAGCUCUGCAAUAGAUGUAUAGAAGUUUUAAAUUAAUGCAUGGUUUAAGAUAUA